CACUCUAUAUGUCGUGAUAGCGCAGUGUGUGUAGUGUGAAUGCGUUUCUGUGUUUUAUUGGGGUCUAUUUUGGUUUUGCUGAGCUCCUUUACCAACAGCUGUUGUGCGCAGUCUCAGGCCUUAUUUUUCUCGGUUGUUUCAACAUAUAUGGGGAAAUGUCAGCUAUUUAAUGCAUGAUCUGCUCUCAGCAGUAUCCGGUUAUGCCCGGUAAUUGUUAAACUAGCCUGUAAGAUAAGAAAUAAUAAUAGUGCGUCGUUACACAAGCCCCGUAAGUCAGUGCUUCGGCGGGUGACGGCGCAAUCUAAAUACAUCCAACGUCUAAUUUUAGCGCCGAGCAACGGGGGAAUGUAUCCCGGCUUAUAUGUCACUUGGCCGGACACUUUGCAGUUAUAAUUAAAGCAAACGUGUGUCUUUAAAGGCGCCAGUGUGAAGCCAGCCUGACGAUAUGUGCAGCGGUGGCAGCACUCAGCUGUCUGCCCUGUCGGUCGCGGGUGGUUUGCGUAAAGGAGGCAUCAAAACACUGGUGUGAUCUGAGGUGAAAUACAGCACUGUGUGGGGAAGCCUGUCAGCUGUGUGUGUUCCUUAAUGCUCAUGUCACAUUAGUGCUGAAAAGAUUUAGCAGCAUCCUAAAGUUGAAUUUAAGCCUUUAUCUGAUUUACACUUCAUCCUGCGGUGGUUAGAGUGGAUUGGAUGCACUGCAGGAGGGUGCGAUUUAAUUUGGUGUCCAUUCUCAGUGCUUGCAUCAUAAUUAUCUUCACAACUUGACAUUUUGGGGGGGAAAAACUAAUCCUGGCUGAUUUUAAGUAGUCCCCUUGACUUUUGAGUAUUUGUUUUCAUUCAUCCCUCUUUUUGGCUGACAGACCUGGCUGUGGACUCAACCCAUGAUUAAGAUUACGCCUUGAGAUUGUGCUGGUGGAUUUUGCUGGUAGCCAUGUGGUUUAGGUGCCUCCCCACUUUCGUGUCACUGCUGUCCUGUCUGAGUCAAAGUCUCAGAAUGAGUCGGGUCUGGCAGCAUGCAGCACUGUUAACAUCUUUCUCUGUUCUGGAAAACCCUAAACCCACACAUUAUUUGCAGGCUUCUCGAAAAUGCCAGGUCAUAUUGUAACUUUGGCAAUUCACUGAUGUUUUGCUUAAAUUCCACUUGCUGUCAAAAUGAUGCAACAAGUUUAUUUUAUAGCAGUUUAAACUGCAUAUUCCAUAAUCCCAACUGAAUUGCAGUAUACCAACAUAGUAUUUACAUAGCUUGUUCACACAGAGCAGGUUUCACUACAGAAGCUCAACCCUCAGGCCAGCUGCUUCCCGCCCAUUGCCUAAAAAUCUGCCCCACCCCUCGCUGCUUUACUGGGUUUCAUAAUACAGAGUUCACUCUGUCCUGGUGAGGAGUGUGUUCACUACAAAGGGAAAUAGGAUCGUUUUUCCUGUCCUGUCUCUACCGGCAUUUUGCGCCACCUUUUUCCCGAACAGGAGAAGAAGAGACUUCUCAUUUAUUGCCGCUUCACCAAGUGUCCGUAGUCUCUUGCCAGCGAGCAGCCGGAGUCAACAUGCAGGACGAGUCUGAAAGAGAAAGGCAAAGAAGAAUGACCAUGGAUUUCUCCCAACUGCACACAUACACGCCACCGCAGUGUGCUCCGGAGAACACUGGCUAUACUUACUCUCUCAGCUCCAGCUACUCCACAGCAGCACUCGAGUUCGAGCAGCAGCACCAGAUUGCCCCCGUGUACGAGUCGCCCAGGAUGUCACGACGGAGCCUGCGUCUGCAGGCCGCUGCUGGUUACCGCGGCAACGAGAGCCUGGCCGAUUUCUCCCAGAACCACAGCAGCGGCUACGCCAGCGCCAGCAGAGAGACACGGGUGCUCCGGAGCAGAAAGUCACAGUCCACAUCCAGUUCUCGGACUUUAUCACUGAGCCAAGUCGCCACUCCAAGGAAAACCCUUUCUUUCUUGGCUGCCAGCACGCCGAUUGACAGCAGCAGCAGCAGCAAGAGCAGCAACUUUCAGGAGAGCAACGUAGAGACUGACGCCUCACUGCUCACCCCCGGUCUGGACCAGUCCCACCUGAGACAACGAACAGUCACCACCAGAACCUCCACCACCACCGCUGCUGUCGAUGGACACUGGGGACAAGGUUCCAGCCACGGCUCAUCCAGCGUCAACGGCGACGCCAGUGUGUCCAAGUCCCACACCAUGCUUGCAAACGGCUACAUCUGCAGAGACUGCUCUUUGCACUCUCAGAAAGCAGCGGAUUCCCAAAUCGCACGGUCGUCAUCCUCGUCCUUAUCCUUGUCGUCGCCAUCUCACGCGGCAGAAACCUGCACAGACGCCCUCACCUCGCCAUCGUCGCCCUUCACCAGCAUAUACACCAGAGACAGGAAUCGAAAGAGCAAGUCCGGUGUUCUGGUGUCAGUGUCUAAUCGGUGUUUGCACUACAGCAAACGAGCCUUGGCUCCCAUAGUGUCCGUCUUCACCACACUCUUCAGCAGUGCGGUCUGGCUGGGUUCAAAGGUCAAGAGCUCAUCUGAAAGAGGUGUCUUUGCCUUUUCGGACUCAUUGAGACAAGCAGCUUCUUCCAGUUGGUCCCAGCUGUGGCUGUUAAAGGAGAACACUCUCCACAGGAUGAUGGGCCACAAGGCCAAUGGCUAUGAAGGACAAGCUGACUCCAGUUACUGUAGGAGCUUGAACGUGAAGGACCUGGUGACUGAAGAUGCAUCAUCACAGCUGAAUCUGAAUGGCUCUCUGUGUGAUGACUGUAAAGGGACGCAGCACUCAGAGACACACACCGUCCUCACCACACAGUCCUCCAGGCCUCGCCGCCUGGCGGGGGCGCUGUGGAGCGCCCUAGUUUAUGCAGGCCACUGCCUCCUCCUGCCAGGUCACUCCGUGGUCAGAGCAGGCGGGGCUUUAGCAUCUGGAGCUGGGACAGUAGCGCACAAGCUGCUCUCAGCGAUGUGGACGCUGCUCGCAGCCCCCGUGAAGGCUGGCCGGGGGCUUCUGUGGUUACUGGCGACAGGAUGGUACCAGCUGGUGUCUCUCAUGUCGCUCCUCAAUGUCUUCUUUUUGACUCGAUGCCUUCCAAAGCUGUGGAAGCUCCUUUGGCUCCUUUUACCUCUUUUGUUCCUUCUCGCUUUAUGGUUUUGGGGUCCGUCCACCGCUGCCCUGCUUGCUUACCUUCCGGCCAUCAACCUCACCGAGUGGCGUCCUGCGUCCCCCGUCGCCUUCUUCUCCAGCAUGAUGCCGGCUCCUGCUUCUGUUCCUGCUCCUCCAACGGAGGCUCCACUGAAGCCGACCCCAGCCAGCCCUGUCUCUCAGGCACCGCCGGUGCUUCCCCCUGCAGCACUUUCUGACUUCGACUUCAAGCGCCUUGAGAGUGUGGAGCGCCAACUGGCCCUGCUGUGGGAGCGAGUCCAGCACGGCGACCAGAAGCAGGACGAGCGUCACGGAGAGCUGCUGGGUCUCUACAGCACCCUGAGGGAGCAGCUCCACACCCAGACGGACAGGGAGAGCCUGGGGCUGUGGGUGUCGUCCCUGCUGGAGCAGAAGAUCGGCGUGCUGCGUGGAGAGCUGGAGCAGGAGAACACACUCGUGGCCCAGAGAGCAGAUCAGCAGAAACACCAACAGGAGAGUCAGGCGGCGCGGCUGGCUGAUUUAGAACUGAUGCUCAGCGCUCUGUCUGCCAGGACGGAGGAUCUUCAGAAGAAGCAGCAGCUGUUCGAGCUCCAGAAGGAGAAAAGGGAGGAAGAGGUCGUCUCCUCAGCAGCGGACUCGCCUCCUGUCAGUGUGGGUGUGAAGCAGGAGGAGCACGACGCUCUGUUAGCCGAGGUGCGCAGACUGGAGCUGGAGCUGGGUAAAGUCCGAGCAGACCUCCAGGGAGUCGCGGGAUGCAAGGGCAAGUGUGAGCAGCUGGACGCCCUGCAGGAGACGAUAACGGCCCAGGUGACGGCUCAGAUGCGUAAGGAGUUGCAGACUCUGUUCUACGGCAGCGGUGGAUCCGGAGACGAUCAGAAAGAGAUCCCGGAGUCUCUGAUCCUCUGGCUGUCUCAGCGUUACGUGACUGCACAGGACCUGCAGGCGUCCCUGGCUUCCCUGGAGCUCAGCAUCCUCCGGAACAUUUCCCUGCAGCUGGAGCAGAACCGGGCGCAGACGCGAGACGAAGUGGAGUCGCAGGCCAAGACGCUUGUUCAGACCGUCACCGGGUCUGUUCGGCACACCUCCGCCGCCGAGGGACUGUCCGAGGAGCAAGUGAAGCUGAUUGUCCAGAACGCCCUGAAGCUCUACUCUCAGGACCGAACCGGCCUGGUGGACUACGCACUGGAGUCCGGGGGCGGCAGCAUCCUCAGCACGCGCUGCUCUGAGACGUACGAGACCAAGACGGCCCUCAUGAGUCUGUUCGGCCUGCCUCUCUGGUACUUCUCCCAGUCUCCACGCGUGGUCAUCCAGCCCGAUGUGUAUCCAGGUAACUGCUGGGCGUUUAAAGGCUCUCAGGGCUAUCUGGUGAUCCGGCUGUCCCUGAGAAUCCUGCCCACGUCCUUCUGCGUGGAGCACAUCCCCAAAGCCCUGUCCCCGACCGGAAACAUCACCAGCGCCCCUCAAAACUUCACCGUCUAUGGUCUUGAUGACGAGUACCAGGAAGAAGGGAAGCUGCUGGGCCACUACACCUACCAGGAAGACGGGGAGUCUCUGCAGUCGUUUCCUGUUAAGGAGCAGAACGAUAAGGCCUUCCAGAUCAUCGAAGUGCGGGUGCUGUCCAACUGGGGUCACCCGGAAUACACCUGCAUGUACCGGUUCAGAGUGCACGGCGAGCCCCGCCCCCAGUGACCCACGCCCCGCCACACACACCUUCACGUCUGACAUAUCAUCCUGUCUGUACAUAGCUGCCACCAGCUUCCUCAGAGCGGAGGGGACUGCCCGAAUGACGAUUUUCUAUUAAAGACAUGCAUACAGAAGUUGUGGAUUGUUCCAGCAGUGUGCUCAGACUGAAUCGCGAACACGUGAUACUUUUGUAUUGAAAGAAUCACAAGAAAGCAUCUAUUGAGACUAUCAUGGAUAAUGAAAGAGAAAUGGAACCACGAAGAAGCUAGAAGUCCCCGUUCCCUUUUCUUGGAAGGCCUCUUGCACUGAAUCAGCCCCUGAGCGGACUACAGCACCCCCCCCCCCCCCCCCCCCCCCCCCCGAGCACCUUCCACCUCUCCAGGAAGGAAGGCGGACACUUGGAACGGAGGGUUACAGACUCAUCUCUCCCAUUUCCUCACACACUGUAUUUCACUCCGACUGGUUUUCUGUCCUUAAUCUUCCGUUUCACAUUUGUUGAACUUCUCUCAUUUAGGAUCUGGCGUUGCCUGCGCUGCUUUCCAGGCACGCCGCUCCCUUCAUUCAAAUCAAGUCUCCUCAGUGACUUCAGCUGAACUGUGGAGAGUCUCUCCAGGUCGAUGCUCACUGUGGAUGUGCACCGCUCACAUGUUAGGUUCACUGUGUUCUUGUUUCGGCUUCACGCGUUCACACAGCCAUAACUUAGUCUUUUUCUUUAACUGAACAUGCUGCCUAAGGACUAGCUUUGAAUGUUUCCUCGAGUGGAGGCUCGAUGCAAGUUUCCUUUAAGUACGCAGAAACACUAUGAAACCACUGACCUGAGCUCUUAAGGCCCCACACGAUGUACAGUAGAGAAAACCUUUUGAUAGUGGACUGACUCAAGGAGUAACGCUAGCAUGUGACUCUUCCUGAACUACUCUUAACCUUUACAUGCAUAAUGACUUACCAGAGAGAAUGUUUUCUCUGAUCAUUUGAGUCCUGUGCCUGGAUCUCAGUUGACCAACCAAUAAUUAAAGCUGGAUUAUAUAACUACUCCUACAAAUAGUGUGCUUUCUUCUGUUUUGUUUCUCUGGAGACAAGAUCCUGUAUCUCCCUAUAGGUCUGUUUAACGUCCUCACACGGGCUCCCACUAUUCUGAAUCCCUGAAGGAAUGUAAUCUGUAUAUUUCAUUGUUGAUAGUUGGCCCUUUAUAAUAUCUACUUUUGCCAGUGUUGCUUUAUGAAAAAAA